CUGAGGCAGCUGAUGCGGCUGUGGGCUGCCAGGACGGGAGGAGCGGCUCCCUGGGUCCUGAUGACUUCCAGAUGAAAGCCGAGACACCAGCCAGAGACACAACUCCACACACACGCAUGAGGAGGCGUGUGUGUGUGUGUGUGUGAGCAUGUUUGUAUCAGAGAGAGAGAGAGAGAGAGAGAGAGAGAGAGAGAGGGAGGAAGGAAGAGAGAGAAACCGAAUGAGAAAGGCCAGAAGAUUGUGCUGAGUUGGUGGAGUCUGUAGGUUGUCUGUAGUCUUCCUGGAGGGCUUGACACGCCGCUGCUGUUCAGCACCUUUGGCCCUCAUAAGUGCUUUGUAAAGCUGAACCAGAACCCAGAGCUCAGUAAGGCAAGGAGAGAGAGAGGAAUGGAGGGGACCAGGCUGGGCAGGGUGCUACCUGUCAGGCUUCUGGUCAUCUCUGUCUUUUACUGCAAUCUCUACUUGACCACUGCUUCGCACUGGAGCAAAGCCCUCUACCCAUCUGCAUACAGAGUGAAGAGAGGGACGCCAGCUUUCAUCAACCCCACCUUCCAGAAGUCUGUAAAGGACAUCAACUUGCUGUACGAGAUCCUGAUGUCUGGUCUUCACCUGGAGGAGGAGGAGGGUUUCUUCAGUGAGGUGGAUAAGGAGCUGGCCUCACUGCGUCGAGUCCAGACGCUUGAGGUUAUCUGCAAGGACGUGCUUCCCAGGAAGCUGUCAGAGAUCCGGCGCCUGAUCGCUGAGCUGAAGCAUCGCAGCGGCCCUCUCCGUCUGGAGGAUUUCGAACGCACCGUGCUGACCAUGGUCUACGCAGUGCAGAAGCUCACGCACACGCCAGCAGGCUACCAGAGAGACAUGUGGGCCGAGGCCCUGCUGGACCUGGAGCAAGCGGUCAGACAAGACCUCUCACUCAGGUGAGGAGGUCUCUGGAGCUGUAUGGUCAGCAUGCCUCGGGCAGAACAACAUGCCAGUGGAGUCCUGUCCAUCUCUAGCACUCAACAGCUGGGCUGAGCUUUUGGAAUGCCCUCUGAGCCUGUGACAGCAGAAUUGCGGCAAGUUAAACAAGCACAGGUGCUCCAAGUGCACCGAAUAUUUUUUGUCAACUGUAAAUACUUUACCUAAGAUGGCUUAAAACCAGUGUAGCUGUGACUGACCAUGGCAUUUUACACACAAAAGAUGGUACCUUAACUGUAUCUGUAACUGCAAAUACUGCAAAACUGGUUUGUGCUAUCAUAAUAGUUUUAAUGUGUAUUAAAUUGCUUUAUUGUUAAA